GGGAGUCGGGGUUCGGCGUCCGGCGGGUGUCAGCGGCACCGAGGGAGCGUCGGGGUCCGCUGUGCUCUGGGGUUAGGUCACGCUCUCUAAACCUGCCUGCGUCUUGUAUCUUCACUACACCCUCUCUGGUGCUGUCACAUCCAUUCUGUAGCAUGGUAACCAGAAAUGGAGACAAUACUGUGGCCUAACUUGUUUUAUACAGUUUUAGCAUGAUCUCCCAGAAUUAUAUGUUCUGUGUUUGGGUCAAUAAGGAAACAGGAUUAUACCUGAAGAACUAUGAAUGAACUGUCUUCAAAUGGACAUCCUUUUCUUUGUGAGAUUAUACGACAGUGCUCGGUAAACUAACUGGAUUCCAGCAGAAAGCUUCCCAGCUGUGGAAUCCCACAGAUCGCAGCUAGUGGCGGAAACUGAAUUCAAAUGUUCUGAUCCAUCCCAUGUAUUCUAGCAAAGAAUAAAGAAUAGUUAACAGCUGCAAGCUACUUGAAAGUCUUAUAAUAUUGGGAUCAACUCCGGAGAACUAUGACUGAACUGUCUUUAAAAGGCCUUCCACUACUGCAAGAUCCAGUGAUCGGAGAGCUAUUAGCAGAGAAACAAGCUGUGGACUUGAAGAAAGAAGAGAAACUGAGGAAGAACAGGGAGGCCAUGAAAAAGCACCGAGAAGGAGAGACGGCAGAGCAGAGAGAAGACAGACUGCGCAAGAACAGAGAGGCAAUGAGGGUGCGCCGGCAGAUGGAAUCGGACGAGCAGCGCGAUAAUCGGCUACGUAAAAACCGCGAGGCUAUGAAGCGAUACCGUGAAAUGGAAACUGAAGAACAGAGAGAUGAACGGUUGCGCAAAAACAGGGAACUGAUUAAAAGUCGGCGGCAGCAGGAGUCUCAGGAGCAGAGACAAGAGAGACUGCGGAAGAACUGGGAGUCGACCAAAGUCCGACGGCAGGAAGAAACUGAGGAAGAACGAGAACACCGGUUGCGCAGAAACUGGGAUGGGAUUAAAAAGCGCCGCGAGCAGGAGACGGAGGAGCAGCGAAAGAAAAGGUUGCAGAAGAAUUGGGAAGGAAUCAGGAACCGGAGGCAACAGAAAAAUGAGGGUGAAAAGGAAGACAUGUUGUGUAGGAUUUGGGAAGCAAUGAGACAGUUUACCCAGCAGGAAAUGCAAGAAGAUCGAGACAAGCGAUGUCACUUGCUGUUGGACAGGGGACUUGUGGAAGGAACACAGGAGGAGAGGCUACAGAACAGGGAGACAUCCAGGUGCUGCUUCCAGCAGGAGAUGGAGCAAAGGAAAUGAAAAGGAUAGCUGAAUUUUUAAAACUGAAGAACAUAGUUUCUUCAGUAACUUUUUAACGUUGAAGUCUUUCACCAAUAAUGCUUGCCUGCUUUAGCUUAUUAAGCAAUGCUGGUUACUACAAAACAAUUUUAUGCCAUAAAACAUUGGAUUAAUACUGAGACGUGCAGAUGGUGGAUAAAAUCCAUCUUAAUUCAUUGUGAUCGAUGAUCCACCAGACUUGAGUACAACUGUCACAAACGGGAACAUGGUAACCACGGAAUCAAAUUAACUCCUAGAAGUAGGAGCUAGAUGAUUGAUUCCUUGGUCAGUGGCAACUAAGUGCAUAAGAAAUAGAAGCAGGAGUAGGUCUUUUAUCCCCUUGUUUGGAAACGAAUUCUCUUUAGUAAAGAAAAUGCAGGAAAUGUUUCAUUACGUUGUAUGUUACAGGUAACGUGGACAUUGUGAUCCAGAUGGGCAACACAAAUUCAAUCCUAUCUGCAACCAUGCACUUCGGCCCGUGUUGUACUGCUGGUAACAGACGCACAUGGUUCAUAAGCCAUGGAUGUUAUGUAAUCUUGUAAGGACCAGGAGGAGAGAAAACCAGCAAAGUAAUGGAAUGCGUUGCCCACUCUCUGGGUUCCACUAACUAAAAGGUAUGGAAAAGGCAAGGAACGGUGAGGCGCAGACGAGCCAUGUCCCAAAUAUGGUGUGCACUCAAAACUCUGCCAUGUUUGUCAGCAGCCACUGUUUGGACUGUUAACAAAAGAUCGGGACCAACACAAGAUGCAGAUGUGUGCGGUGUUCUGGAGAAUUGUUGCCUUUGUUUUUACCAAGUAUCACUGUACCUGCAAUGAUUCUUUUUUAAUCGGUUACCAAUUCCCACUUACCUUCCAACUGGGGCUUGACACCACACCCCAUUUCCCAGAUGGUGGAGUUUGUAUUUGCUUUGACAAGUGAGGAACAGGGACACUCUUUUGAUCAGGAAACUUUGGGGGAACUCCUGUGCUUUUGUUGUGUUUUCCUUUGAUCAACUAAUGAAAGUAGAGUUUUGAUUCAAAUUCUGCUGAAAGUUGCUGUUACUAAUGUUUUGCUGUUUAUUGUUGCUCCAAGUUGCGAUUCUAAUUGUGGUAAGAUGCUUGCGUAUUAUAUAAAUUCUAUCGAAAAGAUGACAUUUGUGAUUAACAUGCUAGAAGAAAGCGCCUUAAUGUGGCUUGAUGAUGUCCAAAGGCGCUGGACAUUCAUUGGUAACCAUUGGAGUGUAGUCACAAGUAUUAUGCAAACCUGUGGGAACCAAUUUGCAAAAGCAAGGCCUCCUAAAUAAAUAAAUCAGUUGUUUUGGUGUUGGCUAAAUGGUAAAUAUUGUGUAGAACACCAAAAGACACUUUUCUGUGAGGUUCAGCCAGCUUUGGGCACAGAGUCUUGGUUUAACAUGUCAUAUCAAAGGCCAACAUGUGAGGUAUUGAGAGUCCAAGCUGGCUUUGAUCCUGGCAAAAGUGAAUGAGAGAGAGGCACUUGUACCUUCUGUGUCUGGACUGAUGGGAUAACUGAGACUUUAACUUCCAUUGUUUUUACUUGUCCCUGGAUCGGAAAAGUAACCGAGCUCUCCUGAGCUUGGGUUAUGAUGGAGGAUGUUUUCUUUCUGUUGGUGACAGACCAGUUCUUCACCUUAAGCACUUGGUUUUGCAUCAUAAUUAAUUACAGCGGAAUUCUGUUGUGUUUACCUAGCACCAAAAUGAAAUGGCAGGAAUCCAACUGGAAAAAGUGACAAUUGGUGAAGUGUGAAAGGGCUUCUCCUAACUCCUCCAUCAUUAACCAAUCAUUGGUGUUUUGCUUUAACUGGAACUAUGUUCAGAAGCCUAUUGCAAUCAUCUGGAAGUCAACGUCAGUUCUGGAAAAUCUUCAUUUUGUGCUAAAAUGCAUGUUGAGUUGAUGACGUUGAUUCUGGUUACUUGGAUGGUUCCCAUCAAUGGCAUUUAUCUGAGCACACUGGAAAAGCCAGGACACAUCCAAUCAAUGAUGAAAGAUGUCAUCGAGGGAGCUACCUAACAGCAUUUACAUAAAUGCUCAGUUUGAGUUUUGGCAGGACCACUGUGUUCCACACCACACCAUGGCCUUGGUCCAACUGUGAACAAUGGGGCUGAAUUCGGCAGGCAAGGUGAGAGUAACUCACGGCAUCAAGAUGUCUUGGCUUCAAGGACUCAAGAGGUUGUCACUCCAAUCUUGUAAAAAGGAAAAUGGUUUUAAAGUCUUUGAAAGCCAAUAUCCCAGCUCCAGGACAUUGCUGCAGGAGGUCAUAGGGUCAAAAGUGGCAUUUACCGUCACCGAGCUCCCCCAUCAUCAACAUCCCGGAGGGGGGAAUGGUGUCACCAUUGACUAGACCAUCUACCACCGGAAACGUUCACUCCUUGUCCCAUUGGUGUACCAUGGCUGCAGCGUAAACCAUCUACAAAAUGCACUGCAGUUAGUGGCUGAGGCUGGUCCAAUAGCAGCUCUCAAACCCACCACCCUGAUCGCUGAGAAGGAUGAGGUCAGCAAGCACAGGGGAAAACCAACUGCAGUUUCCACUUCCAAUCCCCCACCACCCUGACUGGGAAGGUACAUCCCCAUUUCUGCAGCAUAGGGAUGCAGAGGUAAUGCUGGUGCCUCAGGUUCAGUCCUGACCUCCCAUACUGUCUGUGGGUUUGCACAUUCUCCCUGUGACCUUGUGUUUCCCCUGCAUCUUGCAUCCUAGUCAUGUCCGUUGGUAGAUAAAUUGGCUACUGUAACUUGCCCCUAGUGUAUAGAUGGGGAUAGGAGAAUCAGGGUAGGGUUGGUGGGGCAUGUGAGAGUUCGAGGGAAAUAUCUGGGGAAUGGGAUUGCUCUGGGAGCCAGCAUGGAUGCAGUGGGCUGAAUGGCUGCCUGCUCAGUUAGGGGAAAAUCUGGGAACUGUUCCCCAACAGCACUGAGGAAUUACUUGCACCUGAGGGACUGCAGUGCUUUACGGGGGUGUCUUCUCAAUGGCAAUAAAUGCUUGCCAGUGAGGCGCUAAUUCUGAAAAAUGAAUAAGUUAAGUAAAAACUACCCAAUCAAACGGUUGGAAUCUCAUCUAUCAACCGCUGGGCUACACAAGGUAUGCUAUUUGCAGUCGCUCAUACUAAUUAAGAGAAGUAAUUGGUUCAAUUGCUGUCAACCUCCCCUCCAGUGACUCUGUCUACACUUCCUGCUGCCUUAGGAAAGUAGCCAACAUAAUCAAGGGCCCCUCCCACCCAGGUCAUUCUCUCUUCUCCCCCCUCCCAUCAGGCAGAAGAUACAGAAGCUGGACUGCCUGUACCACCAGACUCGAGGACAGCUUCUACCCACUGUUAUCAGACUCAACAGGCCUCUCGUAUGCUAAAAGAUGAACUUUUGAACCCUUGAUCUUCCAAUCUACCUCAUCAUAGCCUUUGCACUUUAUUUGUCUACCUGUACUACACUUUCUCUGUAACCGCAACACUAUAUUCUGCAUCUUGCUUUCUUUUUACUACCUUGAUGUACUUGUGUAUGGAAUGAUCUGUCUGGAUGGCAUGCAAAACAAAAAAAUUUCACUGUUCCUCAGUACUAUUGUCACAUGUAUUGAGAUACAGUGAAAAACUUUGUUUUGCAUGCUAUCCAUUCAGAUCAUUUCAUUAUAACUGUACAUUGAGGUAGUACAAGGGAAAACAA